AUUCCCAAGUUCUUCAGGAGCCGGGGGAUCGGUCACACUGGUGCGUGGUGGCCUACUGGGAGGAGAAGACGCGCGUGGGUCGGCUGUACUCUGUCCAAGAGCCCUCCCUGGAUAUCUUCUACGAUCUACCUCAGGGGAACGGCUUCUGCUUGGGCCAACUCAACUCGGCCAACAAAAGCCAACUGGUGCAGAAGGUCCGGAGCAAGAUCGGCUACGGGAUCCAACUCACCAAGGAGGUGGACGGCGUGUGGGUCUACAACAGGAGCAGCUACCCCAUCUUCAUCAAGUCGGCCACACUGGACAACCCCGAUUCCAGGACGUUGUUGGUUCACAAAGUGUUCCCUGGGUUUUCCAUCAAAGCUUUCGACUACGAGAAGGCCUACAGCUUGCAGAGACCCAACGACCACGAGUUCACCCAACAGCCCUGGACGGGUUUCACCGUUCAGAUCAGCUUUGUCAAAGGUUGGGGCCAGUGCUACACCAGACAGUUCAUCAGCAGUUGCCCGUGCUGGUUGGAGGUUAUUUUUAAUAACCAAUGA